GAGGCAGAGGCAGGGCAGCUAAAUAUAGUCCUGGGGCCAGAGCUCACGAGGGAGGCUCCCUCUGCCAGUCACUGCUGCCGGUCAGCUGCGGUGUCCACUGCUAGCUGCCCCGUGAGUGCCAGUGCCGGGCCCUGCUCUGAGCUGGUCGCUUGCCUCUCACCUGUCUUCAGACACCACCCUUACCCCCUGCGCUUCGUUAGGCCUCACGGUGGCUGAGCCUCCUGGGAGUCUCUUUUUGCCCGUGAUCUCCAACCAGACCUGCCGCCAUGUCGGCUGCGCCCGGUCUCCUGCGCCAGGAGCUGUCCUGCCCGCUGUGUUUGCAGCUGUUCGAUGCGCCGGUGACAGCAGAGUGCGGCCACAGCUUCUGCCGCGCCUGCCUGAGCAUGUUCGGGCGCCUGGGCGCGCAGCUCGGUGCGCAGGCCCAGUGGGCACCGGGAUUCAAGUCAGGGCUGUUCUACCGGUUGGAGCUGUUCGUCCGGAGAGCGUGCAGCGCCCACACACAGCUGUGCGCGCCAAGGUUUGCGAUCCCCACGGGGCCGGAAAGGGCCUACACAUUUGCAAAUGGAGACGCAGGCGCACACCGGCGCGCCCAUGCCAUACGCGAGGCCAGUCACGAGAGUACCCAGCUCCCCCAGCAGAAGCUGCAGCUGCAGGAGGCAUGCGCGCGCAAGGAGAAGAGUGUGGCUGUGCUGGAGCACCAGCUCUUGGAGGUGGAGGAGACAGUGCGUCAGUUCCAGGAGGCGGUGGGCGAGCAGCUGGGCAAGAUGCGGCUGUUCCUGGAUGCACUGGAGGGCUCCUUGGACCGGGAGGCGCAGCGGGUGCGGGGCGAGGCGGGGGUCGCCUUGCGGAAGGAGCUGGGGAGCCUGAACUCCUACCUGGAGCAGCUGCGGCAGAUGGAGAAGGUGCUGGAGGAGGUGGCAGACAAGCCGCAGACUGAGUUCCUCACGAAAUACUGCCUGGUGACCAGCAGGCUGCAGAAGAUCCUGGCAGAGUCCCCGCCGCCUGCCCGUCUGGACAUCCAGCUGCCUGUCAUCUCAGAUGACUUCAAAUUCCAGGUGUGGAGGAAGAUGUUCCGUGCUCUGAUGCCAGUGAAGGAGCUGACUUUCGACCCGAGCACGGCCCACCCGAGCCUGGUGCUGUCCCCCUGCGGCCGCCGCUGUCCCGCGCCCUCUGUCUAUGACUUCCUAAGCUAUGGCGCGGGGGCACUGUGCGCUUCUGGGCGGGAGGCACCCAGCACCCGCGAGGCCCGAGAGGCCCGGGAGGCCGAGGCGUGUGCCGUGGCCGGGCGGCCGGCUGCUGGUGGGCAACGGGAAGCCACCAUGCAGAACCUCAGCGACCGCCUGGCCUGCACUGGACAAGGUGUGCAUCUUGGCAGUGCCAACGGUGACCUGGAGGUGACGAUCUUGACCGGUCCCAGAAGCAGGCGCCCUGCUGCCUGCGACUAUAGCCACCUCCUCAAGGAGCAGUGGGACAGGGCGCUUGGGGCCCCUGAGAAGGCCAAGGCUGAAGGCCUGGAGGAGGAGCGGGCCUGCCUGAAGAAGAACCUCUGGAGGAAGUCAGCCCCCGGAGGGGCCAGGGGGCCGCCAGGUCAGCGCGGAGGUGGAUUUCGCUCCAGAAUGGCCCUCGCCAAGAGCCUGAGUGCCAUGGGAGCCAACGGAGAAAAUCCCCGAAGCGGUGACCCAUACUCAGUGGUCGCUGGCCACACGGAGCAACUGCAGAUUAGCAUGAUGGAGGCAGGGGCUGCAGCAGCCUCCGGGCCUGUUCUGGAAGGCUCACCGGUGGCAACAGAGGCUGGAUUUGGAGCCCAGCUGGCCCAGGGCCAGGUCCUGGCUGACCAGCCGAGUGACGUUUGUGCCCACACUGACGGGCAGACGCUGGAGUAG